UGCAUUCUUUACAAAACAGCGUAAACUCGUAAAAGCCUUUGCUUUCAACCCUUGGCGCUCCCGUCUCUCACCGACCAUCCAGACUUUUCGAUUCUUCUUAGAAUUUUCAACUUCCCCUAUAUUUUCUAUCUUAGUUUCUUUUCGUUUCGUAUUUUAGGGUUUCGGUUCUAAAUCCCCGCAUCUGUGAUACUUGAGCUUUAAAUUCUGUGUUCACGAUGGAAGAUUGGGGUUGAAUUCAAACCCAGCUGGCUCGGGCUCAAAUCCACAUUUGUUUGAACGAGCAAAAUUUAAGUUGGAGUUCUAGCUCAAUAGCUUAGAAUGAAUUCAACUUGUUUAUUUCUCUAGUGACAGUGUUUACUCUAUCAGCAGCACUGUUUAUCCUGCUGGUAACCCUUCGGCUAACUGUGCACUAGCUCGAACUCAUUCAAGCUCAAGCUGGACAUUAAAGAUUCAAUUUGAGCUUGUGCCAGCUCUUGUUCAGGCUUAGCUCUGCUCGAAUCCACCCAUACUUGUGUUAAAUUGGUUUUCGAUUUUACUCUCAAAUGAAUAUUUAGUAAAUUGGUUAUGUGCUUUUUGGUAAAUCAUAUUAAUGGCGUAAGUCUUUCUGCUACCAAGUGCUAUUAUGUGGGACAAGAAAUCGAUCUUGUAGGUUUAACAGACUUGAAAGAUAUAAGCUAAUUGUUCCAUUAUAAUAAGGUGGUCUCAUUAGACUUUAAUUACAUGUAUGCUUGUGCUAAUCGACCUAACCUGACAGGUAAUAUUGAUACAUCUAAGUGAUGAAAUUUAUGUGUUUUAGCAUGUACGAAGUGAUUUGGCCUUAUUCGGUGGAGAUAUUUAAAUAAAUGGCAAUUUAUCUUAACACAAUAAGAUCUAGAAUAGAAGAGCUAGGAGUAGGAAAAUUUAAUUUGUACUGAACACAAUAAAAAUUAGGCUGAAGGAAUGUUUGGAGUCUAAUAGACUUAGAAAUUCCCUAUCUUAACUGGAUCAUGAUUUUUCCAAAGGUGCCAAACAUUUUUAAAGUUUAUGUAUUGGAAGAAUGCGAAAGAUGAGCAAGCUUUAUGUAAGAAGAAAACAAUUGACAGAUGGAUUAUUGGAAGGGUUUCAUUACUUGAAUCAGUGACAUGGUUGGAAAUUUUGAACUACAUAUCAUGGAAGAGGAUGAUGUAAUUCCACCUCUUCCUAAGACGGAGCUGUCUAAAAUUGCAUGGGAUGAUGAAGAUGUAGAAGAGAACGAUGUAAAAGAUUCAUGGGAAGACGACGAAGAACCUGCUCCUGCCCCUGCACCAGCUCCUCCUGCUGAGAAGGUCUCCAAAAAAGCUGACAAAAAACCAAGUGAGAAAAAUAAAAAUGUAGCUGCAGAAGCAAAGGAAGUGCCAUUGGAUCCUGUAGCAGAGAAACUUCUGCAACAAAGACUUGUGGAAGAAGCUGAUUAUCAGUCUACCACUGAACUGUUUGCAAAGAGACGUGAUGAGAAGACCCUUGAUAAUUUUAUUCCUAAAUCUGAAAGUGAUUUCUCGGAGUAUGCUGAGCUCAUUUCACAUAAACUACGCCCCUAUGAGAAAAGCUUCCAUUACAUAGGAUUACUAAAGGCGGUAAUGAGGCUGUCAAUGGCAUCUCUAAAAGCUGCUGAUGCAAAAGAGAUUUCCUCUUCAAUCUCAGCUAUUGCAAAUGAGAAACUGAAAGCCGAGAAAGAAGCCACUGCUGGCAAAAAGAAAUCAGGUGUGAAGAAGAAACAGCUUCUGGUCGAUAGACCGGAUGAUGACCUUGUUGUUGAUGCUUAUGAUGCAGGCGACGAUUAUGAUUUCAUGUGAGCAACUACAAGACCCUCACCCUCAGUCAUUUUGUGUCUUUUAAAUUAAAUUAAAUUUAUUAUAAUUUCAAGAGACAAAAGUAUCAACCAAAAAGAAAAAUUGUAUCAAAGAUUUAGGAACUUUGUUGAGUGUCCUAAGAGUUCAGAUUCUUGGAAUAGACUUUAGUGCUCGAGUUUGACAAAGAGUGGAGGAAUUUUGAGUCACUUUUUCCUGAGGCUAUUUUUACCAGUUUCCUCCAAUCCAAUGAUGUGAUACUAAAUUUAAUCACUUAAAAUCCUUAGUUGUCAUUACAAACACAUUUACAAUAUUACAAGUUUUAUGCAUUUAUAAAUAUAUUCUACCAAAUGUAUAUAGAUACGGAUGGGUUUUGACUUGA